CCGCACUUUUUUGUCUCUUCUGAGACGCCGUAUUGUGACGUCAUACACUUUACAGCAUACACACAUGCUUAAAGCAAUGACUUUGGAUAUAUUUGAUAUUAAAUCUUAAUAGUCGUUUCAGUAUUUAUAUGUGAUUUGCUGAAUACACACUGAAGUGUCCGGUAUUGAUGUCUGCAACGUUGCUCUUUCGUCAUGAGGCAAAGAGAAGUCUUUAUGCCCACAUGCAACGCAUCUUCAUUUUUAGAUCUCAACAUCUGCCAUCAAACAGAGAAGAUGAAGAAACGGAGGGAGGAAAUGAAAACGAGAAACAGGAGCCGACAUCGAGCACGCUGGUGUACAACCCAUCCGCUUACUACCGGGCCAAAACAUCCCAAUCUUUUGCCCCGGGUCAUUUUAAUGCCGAAGAGGAAUCAUACCCGAAUCUUCCCUUCAAUCCAGCUUACAGACAACAGAGUAACCUGUACAGUAUUAGUUCAUCUCGACAGCUCUCCAGCGCUAAGAACACAUUGUUAAAUUUGGCUUUCAGUAAAUCUGGAUCUAAACGAAGAGCCGAAACCCCAGCAUACACCACCAAAGAUCUUAGCAUCAAAGGUGACUCACGGGCUUUUCAGAGAUGUCGACCCGAAUACCGCAAUAUGACGCAUGAUCUUUCCCAGUCCCAGCACUCAUCUACUAUUGACCUCAAUGAGGCCUUGUUACUUCUUCAUAAAGUCAGUGUCCUGAAAGGCAGCAUAGGGCCCUCAGAUGUCACUAAUUUCUUAUGCAAACUCGCCCAAUUGCCCCACGAACGGUCUGCGGUUGUUCGAGGUGACACGCGAUUCAACAUGUUAUUGCGUUAUAGCGUAGAAAGCCUGCAGACUUUCACUCACCAGCAGCUGUUGGACAUCCUAAAGGCCUUCGUGAAUUUGCGAUUGCCUUAUUCCCACAGUCUGUUGGGAUUGUUCGAAACCGAGUUUUGCCGCAGAGCGAACGGGAUGGAGCUUCACCAGUUGCUGCUCGCCGCUGACUUGUGGCGCUGCCUCGGUCGGUCCGUACCUCAAUAUCUGGAGAGACUCUUUGAUAGCAUCAACCAGUACUUUACCCAGAUGGGUCCACCAGAGCUGGUUCAACUCUUGUACAUCAUAGGAGAAGGAAGGAGAUGUUCGGAUACCAUCAUUCAACCCAUCGAAUCGUUACUCAUGCGUCACUUAAACCAGCUGAAGGCUGAAGAAUUGGGUGCUGUUUGCUUAGGACUCUUCAAAGCGCAAAUCCGUUUGUCCGAGAGAGCGGCGCGCAGGCUUGUGGAUGGGUCGCAUGCCGUCGUCAAGGACAUGAGUGAUUUUGCAAUAGUGAAUGUAUUGAAACUCAUGCGUUUUAGUUACCUUGACCAUCUUCCGUGGUUGGAGGCCAUGGGAUGUGAAAUACCUGGACGUGCUCCUCAAAUGGGUGUUCAGGGACUCAUGCACGUCGUCUUGGCUUGCUCCGCUCUGCACUACAGAGACGAUCGCAUCCUUCUGGCAGUUGCCGAGCAGCUGCCCAAAGUCAUCGUGCACUGCAGAAGUAAAGAUGCUGCCAAGAUGUUGUGGGCCUUCGGUACGUUAGGCGUCCAUCCCAGCCAGUGUCCCAACCUUUAUCCAUGUCUCACUGCAAUCUUGCGCGAACGUCAAGCCGAAUUUCAACGAUUUCCAGAACAUCUGCUGACUGGUCUGCUCGGUUUAGCUUUUGUGGGUCAGUUUCCACAUGACUUGAUUAGCCUGGCGUUGAGCACCGAGUUUGUUAAAAAGGCUUGCAGUUCACAGGAGCUCGAGUUAAAAAAGGACUUGUUCACCUUAGAUGAAUCUGUAGGCCUAGAGUUACCUAACUGGAUGGGCCCAAGGCUCAGUCAGUCAAUAAGAACAGAAGUGACCAAACAAUUGUGGGAUUUUGCACAGUCGGAUAUUUGCCAAAAGCCAGAGGUUCUCGAGGCAGAAGCAAUGCUGCAAGAACUUCUUGGUGGAGAGAUGUUUGUGCGCAAACGCAUGAUCCUGCCGCAUUUGCGCUCCAUUGACCUGGAGGUACAUUUGGAUGAUUGUGAACAACCUCUACCCAUGUCUUCUGAACACCAGACUCCUUUAAAAGACAAAUGUUCAGCCUCGUCUCAACAUUGGGGAGAAAAACUGUCCGGAGUGCCUCUAACCGAUGACCUGCUAGCUCAACUCACCAACUCCAGAAAGAUUUCGCCACGGCGGUCCGACAAGCCACUGCAGAAUCCAUCAACCAGUAAAGUUGAGCCGGUCAGUGAGAGAGAGAGUAUCUUCAAUGUAGGUGUAGACUUGACCGAUGACCUUGUUGUGGCCAUGACAAAAUCUGGGAUUAGCUCAUCUCACCCGGACAAAUCUAAACCGUCUAUUGUACGGCUUGCUGUUCAGGUGACAAACAGGAAUCAGUUUUGUUACAGAAGUCAUCAGUUGCUUGGAUUACAUGCUUUGAAAAGAAAACAUCUCAUGCUUGCUGGAUACAGAGUUGUGGAGUUACCUCAUUGGGAAUGGUUUCCGUUGCUGCGACGUUCCCAUGCGGAAAAGCUCGCUUAUCUACACUGCAAGAUUUUUAGCUCGGUUCAUUCCAAAAAAUAGACUGAAUCUUUAAGGACUAAUUAUUUUUUAUACACAUAUAAAGUAAACAUAUCUCUGCAAGCCACUGAAUUGUUUUGUUUUAAUGAAAUGUCACAUCUGUUAAUCAAUAAAUGAAUGAUACUAUUGGACAGUAUGUGUUAGUUCUGCUUCAUAAGCAUUGUAAUUUAAAUUUAAAUAAAUAGUAUUGCAAGUU